AUGAACAUUCCAUGGUGUGAAGUUUGUCAUGGAGCUCCAAAAGGAGCUCAAUAUGGAGCUCUGGCUUGUCUGGGAUGCAUUGUGUUUUUCAGACGAGCAAUUGUUGGUGAAAAUAUCAAAAGAAAAUGCAAUUUAAAUUGUGAUAUACUAUUUGAGAAGAAGAAUUGCUGUAGAAGUUGCCGCCUGCAAAAAUGUCUAAAAGUUGGAAUGGAUCCAAACGCAGUUCAACACCGCGAUUUGAUUGGCCCACGUAAGCCGAUAAAGUUGAUUUUGAAGAAGAAGGCUGAUGCAAUAUCAGGGAGCUGUGAAAUUGAUUUUGAUUAUUUAAUGGAGCUACAAAGGAAACAAACCAUCAAGUGGGAACGAUAUGGGAGACAAAAUGAGAAUAUCAAAAAGGUGACGGCUACUGAUAUUCGAUUUGUGAUGAGCUUGGGAUUCCAGAACGCCACUGUAUGGGCUAACCAUUUUGAACCAUUUUGGAGUCUAUCAAACGACGAAAAAACUUCAGUUUUAUCAGAAUACGGAAUUGCAUUUAUUCUUAUGGAACAAGCUAUCAAAACAGUUAAUGAAGGAAUCAAAGGAGUGUGGCUACUGCAAACUGGUACAUCAUUGUUAUCUCCUGUACCAUGUGAAACUGAGCAAGAGAAAAUUCACCAAAAAUUUGUGAAUGAAUUACUGGAAAUGCUAUGGGCGCCUUUUAAAAAUCUGGGCUUGGAUAAAUUUGAAACGAUAAUUUUAAAAACACUGCUUUUAUUAACACCAUCACAUCAAAAAAAUGUUCACUUGACAGGUUCAAAGCUACUUCGAGAAAAAUGCCUGUCAGAACUAAUGAAAUAUACUACAAACAUCUCUCCAAGUAGUGGACUUGAGAAAUUCGGUGAAAUAUUGCUUCUAAUGGGAUCAAUACGGUGUGCUGUGAAGCUUUUCUUUAAUCACACGAAGAAAUUAGAUAUUUUCCAAAUGGAUAAUUUUGAUGCAUUUACAAGAAAAUAUAUUUUGAUGUAA